AUGGGUGGACUGCAUGGAUUGCCUACUCAAGUUCAAGGGUCUGGUUCUCAUGAUGUUCACAUGGAUGAAAGGCAAACUUAUGAGGCCAGGACAUUGUCAGUUCCCUUGCCUCAAAGACCUUCAGGUGACGAGUCAAUCACCUUGGUAUUUAUGGGUGGUCCUUCUAGAGGCAUGUCCAGUAGAGGUCCACCUGCAGUUUCAAGUUUGACUGGUCUUAAUGGUUAUAAUAAUUUGCCAGAGAGCAUUUCAUACAGCUCUAGGGAGGACCCUGCAUGGAGAUAUACACCAGAUAGAUUUUCCAGUUCAACUGCUUACGAUCAAUCUAGUGUUCAAGAUCGGAAAAUAAAUUAUGGCAGCAGGGACUUCAGAAAUUCAAAUAGGGUUCUUGAUAAACCAGUUGUAACUUCACCACCUGCCAGAAUGCAAGGAUUUUGUGUUGGUGAUGAUGAUUUUCAUUAUAUGGUUAUGAACCCUGAGUUUUAUGGUUGUAUUGCUAGAGAUUUGAACGAAGUUGUUAUAUGCAUCAAAGAUCCGAACUCUCCAAGCUUUCAUCUUUCCAUGGUUUCUCUAGUGAUGGACUCAUUUGAGAGAAAGGAACAGAGAGUUCUUUUGUCCCAGCUGCUUAUUUACCUUGUGAAAUCUGAGGAUGGACCCUUGGGUCAAGCCCAGCUUAAUAAAGGGUUGGAAUCUGUUCUGAUUACUUUGGAAGAUGUGGUUAAUGGUGCCCCCAAAGCACCAGAGUUUCUUGGCUGUGUUAUUGCCAAAGCUAUAACAGAGCAUGUAGUCUCUUUGAAAGAGAUUGGGCGGUUAAUACAUGAGGGUGGAGAGGAACCGGGCAGCCUCUUUGAAGUUGGACUAGCAGCUGAUGUUCUUGGAAGCACCUUGGAGGUAAUAAAAAUGUAUAAGGGUGAUGCUGUUUUGAGUGAGAUCUGUGCAAGCUCCAACUUGUGGUUGGAGGCCUUCCAGCCACUGAAACCUCUUACAUCAAGGAAAUUAGAGAAAUUUAUUUAGGGGGAUAGAGGAAAAUAUUUAUUUGUGUGUGUAGUGCUAUUAGGAUACUUAAAUUUGCAGAAAUGGUUUUCUCCAUGGCUGGGGAAAAUUCUAUAUGUGUAUUUCUGUCUAAAUGUUAUCUUCACUGCAAUUAUAAAAGGUUCAGUUCAGCGUCUGAAAAUUUUAGAUGAGUUAUAUGAUAUCUUUCAUGAGGGUUUACUUUUUCAAAAUUAAAUUCCAUGGGAAUGGAAGUGAGUGAGUCUUUUCUAGUACAAUUCAUUUUGAACUCUCUUGUUGAAUUUGGCCAAUUUCAAGUGAAUUAUAGUACUCUUAAGAAAAAAUGGAAUUUUCAAGAAAUUAAGGCCAUGUUAAUUUAAGAGGAAUGGAGGUUAAAGAAAAUGAAUGACAAUUUAAUUCAUCUCAUAACUCAUGAUGGAGCUGGUACUAGCAAAAGCAAGUCGGGUAAAAAGAACAAGGGCAAAUUCCAAUUGAAGGUUAAAGAUGCAGGAGUUUGCAAGGAAAAGAAGUGUUAUUUUUGUAAACAAAAUGAUCACUUUAAGAAGGAUUGCUCGAAAAUAAAGAAAUGGUUUGAAAAGAAAGGUAUAUUUUAUAUGUGUAAAUUUUGAAUCAAAUCUUGUUGAGGUUCCUAAUAAUACCUGGUGGCUUGAUUCUGGAGCAACUACUCAUGUGUCACAUAUAAUGCAAAGAUUCCUUUCUAUCCAAACUAUAAGAGGAACUGAAAUUUUUUUCUAUAUGGGAAACAAAAUGAAGGCAAAAAUAAAAGGCAUUGGGACAUAUAGAUUAAUCUUUUACAUGAGGUGUCAUAUAGAUUUGGAAGGAUGUCUCUGUACCUAGAUGUGAUAGGAAUUUAGUCUUUGUUGCAAAGUUGGAUCAAUUAGGUUUUAGUUUCAGGAUUGAAAACAAUGUAUUUUUUUAUGUUUAAGGAUAUGUACUAUUAUGGAUAUGGUAUUUUAAUAGAUUAUUUGUAUUAUUUCAAUCUUGAUGUAAAGUUUAAAGAAUCCUUGUUUUAAUGUUGAAUGU